AUGGAAGAAGACGCCCCUGAGGAUGCCACCUCGAUUGGGUUAGCCAUUGAAAGACUCACCAACCGGGCCAAGACUCUUCUGUUGGAAUUGGAGACGUUCCGCAACCAUCUCCGUAGGAUACGCCAGGAACAAGAUGUCGAGCUGGCACACUUCAGAGGCGCUGUACAAUCGGAAGUCGGGAUGCUUGAAAGACUCUCCAAGAAGCUGGACGAUGUGAAUACUGGCCACGUCGCUCGUUCCUCCAAUGUUCCGUUCCUCGAGAGCGUCUGGGACAACGCGAAGAAGUCCCAUAAACUCAAGUCUGUGCAAAAAGUGCUGUAUUUCAACUCUCCGAGCAAGUCUUUGUCGCAAGCCAUGCGACAUGUUCGUAUUAGAAGUGGGAACGAAGCAAAGAACGCAAAAGUCACAGUGGAUAUAAUCUCUGAUGGCGGUUUGACAUGGACUAAAUUCUCAUCCAUCACAAAUAAUCGCUUGAUUUUCGACCUGGCGAAAUUAGGCUGGCAAUCCGAAGAGGAUUCCGAGAGCGAGGAUGGCGGAAAUACCGAUGAAGAUGAUGAUGACGAUGAUGUCCCUCUUGUCAAAAUGGUCAAGGAGCUAUGUCAAGCCGCACGAAGCUAUCGAACCCGAACGAAAAUGCCUGUGGUACAUCUUCUACUACCUAGAAUCAAGCUUGGAGAAACGAAGCAGAUCGAUAGCAUUCUCGAUAAGUGUAGGAGAGCUGGAGCCAUCGUCUUCACCGGCAAUGACAUCAAACCUGCUCCCGCACUCGAAGAUGCUUUGUCCGCAAUGGCCCCGGAUCCAUUCUCCACAUUCAGCGAUACACUCAACAUUGACUGUACCAUCCUCCUGGCUUUGGUUUCGGAGUUCUCACACGCUCGAGUGGCGAAAGAGGCCUGGUUUCACAAAGGAUUGCAAAGACAAGUUGAGAUAGAAGGCAACGAGAAUCUGCUCCCGGCUCUAUUGUAUCCAGCGCUAGGAGCUCGCAGGCUGGUCUGCACACGUGAGGCUGCGAAACGAAUGCGGGAAAUAGUGGCAACGAUAGGUACUGCCUCGGAAAAGGCGCGGACGGAGAUACUGUUGAGUGGCGACAGCUCAAAAUCGAGAGGGGAUCUCUCGCAGGAGAUGCAAGAAUGGAGCGCAUAUGCCGUUCCAGAUGAAUGGCAACUUCCAGUUCAGAUUGUGGAAGAAGACGAAGACAACUGCAUGGCAAACCUAUCGCCUGCAGCCGUGGCCGUUGGAGCAAAGAUGACGUUGAUCAAUCGAUCCGUCUUCGUUCAUGGCUGGGCUACUGGUAGAACUACCAUCACCAGCAAUCGUGCAGUCGUCAAGCAAAUCGAAAAUGACCUGGAAAAGUUUGAAGAUCUAGACGAGUCAGUCUGGCCGAGCAUAUGGCUUUGCCCCACGGCAAGAUCUCUAGUAGGCAAGGAAAAGGAGAAGAGAUCUUCAAAGAAGGAAGAUUGGGAACCUCGACCGAAGACUCUGCCGGACCCUCUUACCCGCGAACAGCAGCGGAGGAAUGGCUUGGAUGUGCUUUCGGCCCGGGAGGGGCGAGAGGUGGAGGAUUUGAGACCCAACGGAUAUCCUUGCGAAGAAGUAAUCGCGGCGAAGAAUGCAGCUCAGCUUGGCAAUUCGAGCAAGAAUGGAACUGGAACGUGA